AUGUUCCGUCCCUCCUCUGCCUCAUCCGUCGCCUCGGCUUUACGCACUGCAUCUCGCGCCCCUCAGACGCGUCUAGCAGCCAACCUCGUUUUCCGAGGCCAACCCCGCCCCUCCAGACGCGCCCCCUUGUCCACCACCUCCGCCGAAUCGUCCCCCACCCCAUGGUUCAUCGACCCCUCCCCUCCAAAACCCCGCCAACCAACACCCCACGCCGCCCAAUCCGCCGCCGACCUCCCCGCUGACCUGCCCCACCCACUACGUGAGCUGCACGCCGCCCUCAGCGUCUCCCCGCACCUCGAGCCCGGCACCCUCUUCGUCGGCAGACCCACGCCCAUCCCGUUCGGGCCCCCUCUGCCCCUCACCGAGCCCCAGGGACGCCGACGCCGCGGCGGCACGUACUCGGGCGAGGGGCUCCCUGACGACGGUGCCGGCAUAUGGAGCUGGAUGGUCAUGGCCGAGGUCAGGCAUGGCACCGAGGGCCGCGGCGCCAUCGAAGCUGUCGUGCGCACCGUGCGCAAAACGCUGCUUGGGUUGACACCUCCUGUACCCCUCCCGCCAAAGUCGAAACGGCGGAUGAACAACGGCUGGGCCAUGAUCGACGCUGGCAACUUUAUCGUGCAUGUAGUCGGGAAAGAUACCAAGGCAAAGUACUUUUCACAUAACCAAGAGUGGUGA